UCUUUCUGUCUCCCUCCCUCCCGUUCUUGUUCUUAUUUUUCCAUUUCCAGAUCCAAACCUCUGCCAAGAACCCCACUGAAUUCCUUCUCAGAUCCUUCAAUUUUCAUCUCCAAUCCAAAAAUUUUCCUUUCAUCUCACUGAAUUUUUUUCAAUUUUAUUGAGCUGUAAUGGCGGGAGCCUAAAAACUCCAUUUAUUAUUGCGGGGUUGAUCAAGUUGGAGAGAAAACAAAACAGUUAAAAGAAUCUAUACACUUUCUGGAUCUGAUCCAUAUAUUUCUCUGCAAUUUCACCAAUCAUGAAUCCCUUUUCCUCCGGCACGCGUCUUAGGGACAUGAUUCGGGCUAUCCGUGCUUGCAAAACUGCAGCAGAGGAGCGUGGUGUAGUAAGAAAAGAGUGUGCUGCUAUUAGAGCUGCAAUCAGUGAAAAUGAUCAAGAUUAUAGACAUCGUAAUAUUGCGAAGCUAAUGUUCAUUCACAUGCUGGGUUACCCCACACACUUUGGUCAAAUGGAAUGCUUGAAGCUGAUUGCUUCUCCAGGAUUUCCAGAGAAAAGAAUAGGAUAUCUUGGCCUAAUGUUGUUGCUUGACGAAAGACAAGAAGUUCUAAUGUUGGUUACCAAUUCUAUAAAGCAAGAUCUUAACCACACUAACCAAUAUAUUGUUGGACUUGCUCUUUGUGCCCUGGGGAAUAUUGGUUCUGCAGAAAUGGCUCGUGACCUUGCACCAGAAGUUGAAAGGUUGUUAAAGUUUAGAGAUCCUAAUAUCCGAAAGAAGGCAGCGCUUUGCUCUAUAAGAAUUAUAAGGAAGGUCCCCGAUCUCGCUGAAAAUUUUAUAAACCCUGCAGCAGCCUUGUUAAGUGAGAAACACCAUGGAGUUCUCAUUACAGGCGUCCAGCUUUGUAUAGAUCUAUGUAAAAUUAGUACGGAGGCUCUUGAAUAUUUCAGAAAGAAAUGCACAGAUGGUUUAGUCAAAAUUCUGAAGGAUCUCACAAACAGUCCAUAUGCGCCUGAGUAUGACGUUUCUGGCAUUACAGAUCCUUUCCUCCAUAUAAGAUUGCUUAGGCUCUUGUGUGCUUUGGGACAAGAUGAUGCCAAUGCCAGUGAUGCUAUGAAUGAUAUUCUCGCUCAGGUUGUGCCUCUUUGCGUCUUGAUGUGUAUCAUAUCAUGGAGUUGUUAGAUCUUGAAGUUUUCU